GAACUUUCCAAAAAGUUAAGGAAUUCACAAAAAAAAAAAACAAACAUUUCAUUUGACAAUUCAUUAAAUUUUUUUGAUAACUCCAAAUAACCAAAUUUUUGUGUGAUUUGAAUCCAAAUAUACCCCCUGAGAGUUUUUCACCUACAACAAAAACAAAUUGAAUGCUGUUAAUUCACAAAAUAACAAUUCAAUUGACGAGAAUUGAGCCCAAAUUUAUUGUCCUAAAACCAAUGGAUAACCAAAAAGUUAUGCCCGGCGCUUCUCAUCAACCGUGCCGAGCGAAUCGUAUAGAGCAAAAGUUACAAGUCCAUCCGGAAGAUAUCAAGAAGGAAUCUGUAAGAGAAACAAGUUUGAUAUUAGCGAGGAUGCCCAAUAUCAAGGUGUUUUCGGGCUCCAGCCAUCCAGAUUUGGCACAGAGGAUCGUCGACCGAUUGGGAAUCGAUAUCGGCAAGGUGGUCACGAAGAAGUUUUCCAAUUUGGAAACAUGUGUGGAAAUUGGAGAAUCUGUUCGAGGAGAGGACGUCUACAUAGUCCAAUCCGGUUCUGGAGAAGUGAACGACAACCUGAUGGAACUGCUCAUCAUGAUCAAUGCCUGCAAAAUAGCUUCUGCCAGUAGAGUAACAGCCGUCAUUCCUUGUUUUCCAUAUGCCAGACAAGACAAAAAAGACAAGAAUUUGGACAGUGACAAGGAGCGCAACAUUGAAAAAUGGAAGUCUAUCGAAUGGAAAUUUAGGAGCAGAGCUCCCAUUUCGGCCAAAUUGGUUGCCAAUAUGCUCUCAGUAGCUGGAGCUGACCACAUUAUCACCAUGGACUUGCACGCAUCACAAAUCCAAGGAUUUUUCGAUAUUCCUGUGGAUAAUUUAUAUGCUGAACCAGCUGUUUUAAAAUGGAUCAAAGAAAACAUAGCCGAAUGGAGGAACAGUAUAAUAGUUUCCCCAGAUGCAGGAGGUGCCAAAAGAGUAACCUCAAUUGCUGACAGAUUAAAUGUGGAAUUUGCUUUGAUCCACAAAGAGAGAAAGAAGGCCAACGAAGUCGCUAGCAUGGUACUUGUAGGUGACGUCAAAGACCGUGUAGCUAUUUUGGUGGACGAUAUGGCAGAUACUUGUGGUACAAUUUGCCAUGCAGCUGAAAAACUGAUGGAAGCAGGGGCAACUAAAACCUAUGCCAUUCUCACUCAUGGGAUUUUUUCAGGACCUGCCAUUAGUAGGAUAAACAAUGCUUGUUUCGAAGCUGUUGUUGUUACUAAUACCAUUCCACAAGAUAAACAUAUGGAGCAGUGUUCCAAGGUACAAUGCAUAGAUGUUUCCAUGAUGUUUGCUGAAGCCGUUAGGCGUACGCAUAAUGGAGAAAGUGUCUCAUAUUUGUUCUCUAAUGUUCCUUAUUAAUCACUUUUUUUCUUCCAUAGAAUUUUAGGGUUUAAUUAUAUUUUUUUUUUUCUUUUUAAAUCAUGCCGUAACAGAGAAUAUUAUUUGGAAAAAUUGAUGAUUCUUUAUAUCAACAAAAUGCAUGUCUUGAGCUUUUUAAUAAUUAAUAAUUUUGAAUAUAUUUUUUAUAUUGCAUUUUAAGGGAACAUUUUUAAGUUAAAUCAAGUGAAAAUAGAUUUUUUUUUUAUGAAAUUUUUUAUAAUUAUUGAACAUAGAUAUUACAGUCUUGUUAUACACGGAAUAGUUAUAGUAAAAUUAAUUGAUAAUUAAAUACUUAUAGUAGAAAAAAUAAUCAAGUUUUAAUCACUUUUCCUCUGAGAAUUUUCACCUCAUCUACAGGUCGGUCGUUUUUAUCUGUUUCGACAAAUCCAAUUCUUUUGAUGACUUGCAUGCCUAAAAAAUAAUGACAGAAGAAAUAUUAAUAGGAAAUAAUUUAAGUUCUUACCUGAAUGUAUUCUACCAAAAAUAGCAUGUUUUCCAUCCAGCCACUGUGUAGGAGCUAAAGUAAUGAAAAACUGACUCCCAUUAGAAUCAGGGCCUGAGUUUGCCAUUGAUAAAAUACCAGCUCCGCUGUGUUUGAGUUCUGGAUGAAUUUCGUCUUUGAAUGAGUGCCCGUAAAUUGACAUGCCUCCCUUGCCAGUACCUA